UAUGAACUGUUUGACUGACAGCUAAAACGCCAUUUUGCUAUUAUUACAGAAGGUUGCAUUAUCUGUUCGUCAACAAUGUAAAGUGAAAUGUUUGCUGGAUUUUUACUCUGAAUGUAAUGUGAAGUGAUAUUUUAACCCUCGAUUUAUAAACUAGGGUUAUGGAGGAGUCCAACGACGAGCUCAGGGUCGUUCCCGAGCUCUACUUUCUGAUAGCGAAAUUUCUAUCGGGCGGACCCCUGAAAGAGACUGCAAAGACUUUGCUAAAAGAGCUCGAGACUAUAGAGGUGCUGCCUCGGCGACUGGACUGGGAGGGACACGAGCACGCCCAGUCGUACGAUGAACUGGCAUCGCAACACGCCGACGUGUCAUGGCGGCGGCUGGCGUCGGUGUGCGAGCGGGCCGUGGCCCUGGCGCGCCUGGCGCCCGGCCCGGCCGCGGGGGCCCGGCCGGCCGCGCCCCGCAUCGCCGCGCGCCUGUCGCUGCUCAGCGAGACACUGGUGCGGCCCCGGCCAAGGUACGCGUCCCACACCAUCGACCACACGCUGGUGCGCCGCCUGGUGGCGCGCGAGCUGGGGCAGGGCGCGGCGCGGCGCCGGGGGCGCGGGGGCGCGGCGCUGUUCCCGCCGCGCCUGCUGGCGGGGCUGCAGCUGCAGCGGCGCACGCUGGGCCACCUGUCGGCCGUGUACUGCCUGGUGGUGGACUGCUCGGGCCGCUACGUGAUGACGGGCGCCGACGACAUGCUGGUGAAGGUGUGGAGCGCGCUGGACGGGCGCCUGCUGGCCACGCUGCGCGGGGUGGGCGCCGAGGUGACGGACGUGUGCGUGUCGGCGGACGGCGCGCUGCUGGCCUGCGGGUCCGUGGACCGGCUGGUGCGCGUCUGGUGCCUGGCGUCGGGCGAGCCGCGCGCCGUGCUGGCGGCGCACGCGGGGACCAUCACGUCGGUGCACUGGGCGCCGCCCGCGCGCCGCGACGUGCGCUGGCUGGCCUCCACGUCCACGGACUGCUCCGUGGCGUUCUGGACGUGCUCGCCGGACGGCCACUUCCUGUCGCAGCCCGUGCAGUACGUGGAGCGCAUGCGGCCCGGCGUGUGCCACAUGAUCUGCGCCGCCUGGUCCGCGGGCGGCGCCUUCCUGGCCGCCGGCAGCGCCGACCACCACGUGCGCAUCUACACCGUCGAGCACGAGCCCGGCGGGCCCAAGCGGGUGCUGGAGACUCCGGUGCACGACGACGCGGUGGACAGCAUCGCGUGGGCACACCGCGGGCUGCGGUUCGUCUCCGGCAGUAAGGACGGGAGCGCCGCGCUGUGGACCCUGCACGCCACGCAGUGGCGCCACGUGCUGCUGCAGCCGCAGAGCGAGGCGGGCGACGGCAAGCGGCUGAAGAUGACCAUGGUGUGCUGGGACCGCUCCGACGCCUUCGUGCUCACCGCCGUGUCGGACCACAGCAUCCGCGUGUGGUGCGCGCGCACGGCCGCGCCCGUGCGCGUGCUGCGCGGGCACAGGGACGAGGCCUACGUGCUGGAGGCGCACCCGUUCCUGGCCGGCGUGUUCCUGUCGGCGGGCCACGACGGCCAGCUCUUCGUGUGGGACGCGCGCGAGCCCGAGCCGCUGGCCGCCUUCCACAACCGCAUCGAGGGCCACGGCGACGGCGCCAUCUUCGACGCCAAGUGGGGCGGCGGCGCCAGCGUGGCGGCCACGGACUCGCACGGCCACCUGCUGCUGCUGGGGCUGGGCCGCGGCCACCGCCUGUACGCCGCGCUGCCGCCCGAGCUGUUCUUCCACACCGACUACCGGCCCGUGGUGGUGGACGCGCAGGGCGGCGCGCACGACGAGCAGACCGACACGCCGCCGCACCUGCUGCCGCCCCCCUUCCUGGUGGACGUGGAGGGCGCGCCGCACCCGCCCGAGUUCCAGCGCCUCGUGCCGGGCCGCGAGCACCUGGCGCUGGCGCAGCUCAUCCCCAUGGCGGAGGCGCCGCGCUCGCGCAUCGACGCCAUGAUCGAGGCGCUGGCGGGGGCGCGCUCCCCGCGCGGCGUGUGGCGGGGGGAGGGGGUGCGCUACACGGCCGGCUCCUGGCAGCGCGGCGAGGCGCCCCCGCUGGCGCCCCGCGCCAUCGUGGCGCCGCUGGCGCCCGCCGUCACCGAGCGCCUGCACCGCGCCGCCGCCGAGCUCAACGCGCUCGAGCAGGCGUGGUACCGGCGGGAGAUGCGCCGCCGGCCGCUCAUGAUCAGCACGGCCCCCGAGGGCGCGGGCCCCCGGCGGCGCGCGGGGCGGCGCCCCCGGGCCGCGCCCCGCUCCCCGCGCACGGUGCCGCGCGCCCCCGACCCGCCCGAGCCCGAGUCGGCGGCGUCGUGCAGCGACACGUCGGACGAGUGGGUGCAGCGCGCCCCCCGCGCCCCCCGCGCCGCGCGCUCCCAGCGCUCGCAGCGCUCCGACGCCGACACGCAGCACUCCAGCCUCGACCUCACCGACUCCGACUCCAGCUCGCACAACUCGGGGAGCAAGAGCGACAGCUCGUCGUCGUCGUCGCAGUACUCGGACUGGGAGGCGGGCGCGGCGCUGGCGCCCCCGGCGCGCGCGCGGCGGCGGCCCCUGCCCACCAACCGCCCCUCGGUGACCAAGCGCGCCGCCCGCGGAGCGCCGGCCGCCGCCGCCAGCUCGGAGCCGGGCGCCGCGGGGCCCGCGCCGGCGCCGCCCGACGACCUGCCGGACGCGUACCGGCCCGGCGACUGGAUCACCGCCGUCAUGCCGCGCAAGGCGCCCUACCACCCGCAGAUGGGGGACGAGUGCCUCUACUUCCGCCUGGGCCACCAGCGCUACUUCGAGGCGGUGUCGGAGAAGGACGUGUACCGCGUGGCGGCGCGCGACAAGCCGUGGGAGGGCGCGGAGCUGUACGCGUGCGAGCUGGUCAAGGUGGUGGGCAUCAAGUACGUGAUCCGGCCGCCGCGCCUGGCCUGCCUGCGCCUGGCGCGCGCGCUGGCGCCGCCGCGGCCCGGGCUCACCGUGCGCUACCACGACAUGCCCGACGUCAUCGACUUCCUCGUGCUGCGCCAGCAGUACGACGCGGCCGCGGCGCGCCGCUGGGGGCCCGGCGACCGCUUCCGCUGCAUGAUCGACGACUGCUGGUGGGCCGGCACCGUGCUGGAGAGCGCGGCGGGUGCUGCCCCCGACUCGGCCGGCGCCGCGGCCCUGCCGCCGCCCGCCGCCGCCGCCUGGGCCGCCGCCGCCGCCGAGCAGUUCCUCUCGCUGCGCGUGCGCUGGGACAACGGGGAGGUGGAGCGUCUGUCCCCGUGGGACCUGGAGCCGCUGGACCCGGAGCGGCUGCCGGGCGUGGCGGGCGGCGCCGUGGCCGUGCUGCCGCACGAGCUGGAGGCCGCGCUGUACCGCGCCGCGCCCGACGAGUGGCCCCCGCGGGGGGACCGGGCUGCAGCAUGCAGGGCCGCGGCCCAGCACGUGGGCGCCGUCAUGUCGCUGGCGGCGGCCGAGCCGUUCGCGGCGCCCGUGGACCUGGCGCGCUACCCGCUGUACGCGCGCGUGGUGCCGUACCCCGUGGACCUGGCCACCAUCCGCGCGCGCUUCGAGCACCUGUUCUACCGGCGCGCCGCGGCCGCGCAGUGGGACGCGCGCUGCCUGGCCUCCAACGCCGAGCGCUUCAACCAGCCGCACUCCGCCAUCGUGCGCCAGGCGCGCCUCGUCAGCGACCUGUUACUGCACAUCAUCGCGCACUGGCGCGACGUGGACGUGCUGGCCAAGUACCACGAGCUGGCGGCCGGCUACCGCAGCUCGGACGACGAGCCGCUGGCGGGCGGUGCGGGCGGUCCGGGCGGUACGGGCGGGUGGCGCGACGCGUGCGGGCGCGUGCUGGCCGAGCUGCUGGCGUCUGCGGACGCGGAGCCGUUCCGGUCGCCGGUGCUGCCGGGCGCGGCGCCGGACUACGCGCGCGUGGUGGCGGCGCCCAUGGACCUGGGCACGGUGCGCGCGCGCCUGCUGGCCGGCGCGUACGGCGGCGCCGACCAGUUCGCGGCCGACGUGCGCCUCGUCUUCUCCAACAGCCGCCUCUACAACACCAACAAGCGCAGCCGGAUAUACUCCAUGACGGUGCGACUGUCCGCGCUGUUCGAGGCGCUGUGGGCGCGGCAGGGCCCGGGGGCGCGCGCCGGGGCGAGUACGCGCCGCCCACAGCGCUCCGCCCGCGCCCCCCGCACCGCGCGCCCCGCACGCACCGCGCGGACCGCGCCCCCCUCCAGCGACCAGGAAGAAGAGCUACUGAACGGUCACUCGGCGGCGGAGUCGUCGGCCAGUUCCGCCAGUUCGGCCAGUUCGGCCAGUUCCGGCAGCUCGUCGGACUCGGAGUCGGAGACGCUGGCGGCGACCUCCCGAAAAAUUCGGUGUAGUAAUGUCCGUCUGUGUGUUGCAGGUAAGGGCGUGGGCAAGAAGAGCAAGAGUAGCAGCGCGAGCGCGGAGCCGGGGCCCUCCACUAGUCGCGCCCGCCUGUCCGACGAGGAAGUGGAAGAGGAGGACGAGGAGGAGGGCGCGGCGUCCUCGUGGUCGGGCUCCGGGUCGGGCAGCUCGGUGUCGUCCGGCCGGGCGCGGCGCGGCCGCAAGCGGCGCCGCUCCGGCUCGUCCUCGUCCGGGGCGCCGCUACAAGCGUGGCACGUCGGAACGCGGCGCGCGAGAGGCACGGCGCGGUACAACGAGGACAGCUCGGACGACGCGGCCGCCGCCAUCUCGAAGCGCGCGGGCGGCGGGGGGAGGGGGGCGGCGCGCGCCACGCUGGCGGACCGGCGCCGCGCGCACGCAGGCCGACACCCCGCCUACUACCACACCGCGCCCGCGCACACAUAUACCAACGGACACGAUAACGGCGCCGGCGAGGGCUCCAGUGGGUCGCAGGGCUCGGGCCCCGGCGUGGCGGGCGGCUCCGGGGGCGCGGGCAGCGGGGGGAGCGCGGCGCCCCCGGGGGCGCUGUCCAUCUCGUCGCGGGGGCGCGUGCGCAAGCUGACGGCCAAGGCGCGCGGCCUGCUGCACGACUGAGCCCGGCGCCGCGCCCGGGGCGCCCUGCACCCGCGGCCGGACCUGUGAUGUGAUACCGUGGACUGUACACUGUACUGCAAGCUCAACCUACUGUAAGUGAACCAGGAGCUUAUUAUGGACUAGGACUACAGACGCCGGGGGGCGCUAGUGUAGCGAGCGAGUGGUACUGACGGACAGACUGACAUCGCCUUAGUUCCAAGCACUUGUUACACGAAACUCCACCUUAUUACAUGCGGAACAGAGCGCGAUGUUGUACACACGAGCUAUACUUGGUACCUUAUAACUGAGUUCCUUAUAAGGUCCUUCCAAACAUUGUCUGUACACACAAAUAUCACCUUUAUAUCAUAUAGCUAUAAGUGUGAGUAUAGCUCGCUACACUAACGUGCCCCCGCAGUACUGCCAGUAAUGUUAUGUAAUAAUAUCAUUUUUGUACCGACCGACUGACUGACUGACUAGUGAAACAUUGUAAAUAUUUAAUAAUUAUAAGUAGUAGUAAGUAUAAUAUUUUUCGAGCUAAAAUGUUGCCGCAGUGGAUUAUAUUCCUGAGUUUAUAUGUCCUCAUUAAUCUAUGACCCAUACACAACUGUUGAUACAAAUAUAUUCGCACACCUAGCAAUAUAUUGGCACAUUUACGGUUUCCAUAGUUUACCUGACUUGUUUAGUUUUUACUUUACUGACUAAUGAACCGUUGUUUUACGUGCGUGAGGGGGGAAACUACAAUAAUGGUAUAAUGACACUUUCGACCUCUCUCGAUGAAUAUGGAAAUAAAUAGAUUAAUAUGUACUUUUAAACAAGUAAAGCAUAUAAAGUCAAUUUCGCAUUUUGCAGAUGUGCCAAUAUAUGACUAGGUGAGCGAUAUUAUAAUGUAAACAAUGAAUGUUUAGAACAAAUCAUUACUUUGUAUCAUUGUACUGUAGUCGGUAUGGAGGCGACUACACGCGAACUAAGUGUAAGCAUAGGUUGUGUUAUUGUAUAAUAUUAUAAUUGUAUUGAACGCCAGAAUAUUCCACAUUAUACAAUGUAUCGUGAAUGAAAAAUGACUAGAAAUAAAAUGUUGCUACUACACAACGGGUCUACAAAUGGGUUUUAUUCCCGCACGAAACAGAUUUGUAUUUUGAUCUAGUAAUUGUGUGCGAAUUUGUUUGUUUGUAGCUACAACACGUCACUAGAGAUAAUUCUAGCGUGGCGGCUAAUAAUAAAUAAAUGAAUAUGUUGUGAGAUGAGCUCCAAACUAAAUUGUGUUAAAAUUGUAUUUAAGUCCCCUUUUAGAAGUGUAUAAUGAGUUCGAUUUAUUUACAUACUGUUUGUUUGUAAAUCAAUGAAAAAUUAAUUUAAGACUUUGUCAAGAUGAAUGGUGUAAUUGAUUUCAUUUGAUACAAUAAAAUAAUCUAUAAAUUUCAGCGUAUUUGACGGACAAACAUCGAAACAAAUAAACUUUCACAUUUAUAAUAUUAUUAAACCGAUUCAAUGUCUAAUAUGAAUAUAGAUGGCGUUCAAAUAGCUCACUGAUACUUAUCAAGUAGUGUAACACAAAGUGGUGUAAGCAGGAGUGUCCACACUCCGCGUGAUUGUACCUGUAGACAAUAUAUCUAUCAUAAUUGUAUAACAACAAGUCGCGAGGAGCCACUGUGAUGUGAUAGCGUGUGAUCGUCACACCCCGCGUCUAUCAUACUCUAGUGUUACAGUGUUGCCAGCCCAAAUGUUGAUGUACUUAAGGAUAAUAGUUCAGUUUCGGUGUGACCAGGUAUUGUGUUACAAACGUCUUGUUGUUUGUUGGCCAGUUCUGUAAGAGCGACGUUUUGAUACAGUACUGUGACGUCACAGCUAUGAUGUGCGCUGGCAACACUCGGCCCUGUGUGUGUGCGAUCAAACUACAAGCUAGUAACAUAUAUAUGUAUAGUGAAGUAAUUCUGUCUGUAUGUAACGCACAAGGUGUCUCUAGCGACUGUACAUUGUGUCCAUAGAUCUUUGUUUAUUUAUUGCUGGCAACACCACCGACCACAGACUCCUGUACAGUGUUGCCAUCAUCGCGUGUCUGUGGUGGUGUUGCCAGUGUGAAUAUAUUAGUUAAGUUAGCAGUAAGUAGUGACUAGUGGAUACUGUAAGUAUGACAAUUUUGUAAGAACAGCGAAUUGAUGUCGUUUUGUAUCUGUUGACUUUGUACCGAGCUGUGUGUGUGUGUGUGUGUAUAUAGUGCGUGUGUGUGGGGCGCGCGUGCGCGGAUGAUACCAAACUGAAACAGAAUAAAAAGAUAAUUUUCUAAGAUA